AAUAAUUGAUCAUUUUAGAAAGAACCAACAGUGGAAGGAUAUUGGAGGAAGAGGUGGUACAAUAAUUGUGUGACUGUUCUUGUAAUUUUUACAGAUCUGAUAGUAACACAAUACUCCAAACCAAACUCUCAUGGCUAUGCAAUUACCUUCUUCCUCCUCGUCCUCCUCCCUCUCUAAUGAUUUCAUCUAUGACGUGUUCAUUAGUUUCAGGGGUAUCGACACUCGAUCUGGCUUCACCGGUCAUCUCUAUAAAGCUCUUUGUGACAAAGGAAUCCGAACCUUCAUUGAUGACAAGGAGCUUCAGAGAGGUGACGAAAUCACACCUUCGCUCCUCAAGAGCAUUGAACACUCUAGGAUUGCCAUUAUUGUAUUCUCUGAGAACUAUGCAACUUCGUCGUUUUGUUUAGAUGAGCUUGUCCACAUCAUUAACUACUUCAAGGAAAAAGGUCGCCUUGUUCUACCAGUUUUCUAUGGUGUGGAACCUUCUCACGUGCGACAUCAAAAUAACAAGUAUGGUGAAGCACUUACUGAGUUUGAAGAAAUGUUCCAAAAUAACAAGGAAAACAUGGAUCGGUUGCAGAAAUGGAAGAUAGCUCUUAACCAAGUUGGUAACUUAUCUGGCUUUCAUUUCAAGAAAGAUGCAUAUGAAUAUGAGUUUAUUAAGAAGAUAGUUACAGAGAUUUCCAAAAAGAUCAACCGUGGUCUUUUAGAAGUUGCUGAUCACCCUAUUGUGGGACUUGAGUCUCGACUGCUGCAUGUAAUGUCACUUCUGGAUGUUGGGUGUGAUGAUGGAGCAUGUAUGAUUGGGAUAUGUGGAAGUGGAGGAUUGGGUAAAACGACACUUACUCGUGCACUUUAUAAUUUGAUUGCUGAUCAAUUUGAUGGUUUGUGUUUCCUUCACAGUGUGCGAGAAAAUUCAAUUAAAUAUGGCUUAGAACAUCUCCAGAAGCAACUCCUCUCCAAAACACUCGGAGAGGAAUUUAAUUUUGGACAUGUUAGUGAAGGAAUUCCAAUCAUAAAAGAUAGGCUGCAUCAAAAGAAAGUUUUGUUGAUUCUCGAUGAUGUUGACAAACCAAAGCAAUUGAAGGUUUUGGUUGGAGAGCCUGGUUGGCUCGGUCCUGGAAGUAGAGUCAUCAUUACCACUCGAGACAGACAUUUGCUAUCAUGUCAUGGGAUAACUAGAAUUUAUGACUUAGAUGGAUUAAAUGACAAAGAAGCUCUUGAAUUGUUUAUAAAGAUGGCAUUUAAAAGUAACAUAAUUGAUUCAAGUUAUGAUUACAUUUUAAAUCGCGCAGUAAAAUAUACUUCUGGCCUUCCAUUAGCUAUAGAAGUAGUGGGUUCCAACUUGUUUGGAAAGAGUAUUGAAGAGUGGGAAUCUACAUUAGAUAAGUAUGAAAGGACGCCACCUGAAGAUAUCCAAAAUAUAUUCAAAGUAAGCUUUGAUGCUUUGGACAAAGAAGAAAAGAGUGUUUUUUUGGAUAUUGUAUGUUGCUUUAAAGGGUGUCCAUUGGCAUAUGUCGAAAAAAUACUCCAUUUUCAUUAUGGAUAUUGCAUAAAAAGCCACAUUGGAGUGUUGGUUGAAAAAUCUCUCAUAAAGACUUAUAUUGAAUAUGAUUGGAGAAGGAGACCAACGAAUGUUAUAGUGACAUUACAUGACUUGAUAGAGCACACGGGUAAAGAAAUUGUCCAACAAGAAUCACCUGAAGAACCAGGAGAACGAAGUAGGCUAUGGUGUCAAGAUGAUAUAGUUCAUGUUUUAAAAGAAAACAUUGGAACUAGUAAAAUUGAAAUGAUAUAUCUAAAUUUCCCCACAAAGAAUUCCGAGAUAGAUUGGAAUGGAAAGGCCUUCAAGAAGAUGACAAAACUCAAAACACUUAUUAUUGAAAAUGGUCAAUUUUCUAAAGGUCCCAAGCAUCUUCCUAGUACUUUGAGAGUAUUGAAGUGGAAUAGAUAUCCUUCGGAGUCUAUGUCAUCUAGUGUUUUUAACAAGACGUUCGAGAAGAUGAAAAUUUUGAAAAUUGAUAAUUGUGAAUACUUAACAAAUAUAUCAGAUGUCUCGUUUCUCCCAAAUUUAGAAAAAAUUUCAUUUAAAAACUGCAAGAGUUUAGUUAGAAUUCAUGAUUCUAUUGGGUUCCUAAGUCAACUUCAAAUCUUGAAUGCUGCGGAUUGUAACAAGCUAUUGAGUUUUCCUCCCUUAAAGUUGAAAUCUCUUCGUAAGUUGAAACUUUCCGGUUGUACAAGUCUCAAGAAAUUUCCAGAAAUAUUGGGCAAGAUGGAAAAUAUCAAGAAGAUUAUUUUGCGAAAAACUGGCAUAGAAGAAUUGCCCUUUUCAUUUAAUAAUCUUAUUGGACUAACUGAUUUAACUAUAGAGGGAUGUGGAAAACUUAGCUUGCCAAGUAGCAUUCUCAUGAUGUUGAAUUUGUUGGAAGUUUCUAUUUUUGGUUAUAGUCAACUAUUGCCAAAACAGAAUGAUAAUUUGAGUUCCACGUUGUCUUCAAAUGUGAAUGUUCUUCGCCUUAAUGCAAGCAAUCAUGAAUUUCUAACAAUAGCUCUGAUGUGGUUUUCAAAUGUUGAAACCUUAUACCUGUCAGGUAGCACCAUCAAAAUUCUUCCUGAAAGCCUAAAAAAUUGCCUCUCUAUUAAGUGCAUUGAUUUGGAUGGUUGCGAAACUCUAGAAGAAAUUAAAGGGAUUCCGCCAAAUCUAAUAACAUUGUCUGCAUUGCGGUGCAAAUCAUUGACUUCAUCAAGUAAAAGCAUGCUAAUUAGUCAGGAAUUGCAUUUGGCUGGGAGCAUCGAGUGUUGUUUUCCAUCAUCACCAAGUGAGAGGACUCCUGAGUGGUUUGAGUACCAAAGAAGAGAAUCGAUUUCUUUUUCGUUCCGUAACAACUUCCCUUCCUUAGUUUUCUUAUUUUCUUCCAGAGUGAAUCACCCAUCUUAUUAUUCGAGAGAUUAUAUAGUUAACCCAUUCGAUUCGAUAAGAGUCCAUUUGAUUAUCAAUGAAAACGUAUAUAACUGUGGUAUAGGUUUGGAACCGGGUCAUACAUAUCUAUUUCCCUUUAAUGUGCAAGACUGGUACUUAGAAGAAUACCACAAAUUUAAAUCAAUGCUUGACGAUGCGCUUUUGAAAAAUGAAUGGAUUCAUGCUGAAGUUAGGUUUUGCAAUUGGGGAAAAGAGUAUGUUGUAGAAAGUGGAAUCCACGUAAUCAAACAUUUGACUAACAUGGAUGAUUUUCAAUUCACUGAUUCUUUCUUAUGCAAAAAUAGAAUAUCGGAUGAAUAUCUCAAGAGCUCACGAUCAGAUAUGAAAUUACUGAGUGAUGAAGACAUAUCAGCAACACUUCCCAGAUACCGAGCCUUAAGGAGAAACAUGCUUACAUUAUUGCUUCGAUAUCAAAGAUACUACUCAGUGCCUAACCCCUACUAUAAAAAAAUCGACAGCCAAACCUGUUCAAUGAUGUGAACUUCCAUUUAAUAAAAUAAGCAAGAGUUGUUACAUAUUUUGAUACCGAAAGAUGGUUAAUUACAAUCUCUUCUCAAAGAUGUGAACUUCCAUUUUAGAAAAUUGGAUUUUUAGUUUAUGUUUCUAAUAUCUCAAUUCAAGUGUUUGGUUAUUCAUUACAAUAAUAUCACUAUGGUAUUCCUAUGUAUGUAGCAUUUCAAACCAAUUUUAGCCUCACUUUAAAAGGUAUUUUCCACAUCGAACAAAAGAGAAAAAAACAGCUCUAAAUGUAUGUUUGUUGCAAAGCAACAUUAUAGUUUAUUUGGGGAAACUUACUUUUAUAAUUCUGGGAGAAGGGUUUAAGCAUGUGAGCCACACUCUUAUGUCUUGUAAUAGAUAUUUCCUCUCUGGAUGAGGUAAUUGGAGCCUUGGAGGCACCAUGUUAACUUGGAGCAAUCGAGACAUUUUCAAUAGUGCA